AGCAUAGUAUGCUUUUCAAUCUUCACUUUCCUUUCACUUUCCACCCUCAAGCUGGGACUUAACCCAUUUCUGCGAGGCCUAAGCGGCGGCACCACCGAGCCACGGUCCUCCAGAGUUCCUAGAGCGGAGAAGAAAAUGCUCCGAAGGGCUGGAGCUGACCCUCGGCGAUGCGCUAAGACGCUGUUUCCGAGCGUCUGGUCUUUCUGCGACCCCCUCGGCCAGGUAGGCGGACUCAAGUCGGGCUCCGGGCUGGGGCAGAACUGCGGCCUAUGGGUCUGAGGAGCAGCUGGUUCCCCGCGGAUGCUGAGAACGUUCCCUCGACCGAGGGGGCGGGGUCCGUGGCGGAGGUGACGGUCCUGGGGCCUCGAGUGAUGAAGCUGUGGACCUAGUUAACCGAGUACAACCUCCUGUUGCAUAUUUUUCAUCCGCUGAGCGCAAUUUUAAGUAGGUAUUAAAGGAGUAUCCCUGAAGAUACAGUCCAAAGAAAAUUUUCCAAAACAGGGAGAGCAGUCUGAAGCUGGGGAUGGCGACAGCAUUGGUGAGUGCCCAUUCCCUGGCUCCCCUGAAUCUGAAGAAGGAGGGGCUUCAGGUAGUGAGGGAGGAUCACUACUCUACUUGGGAAGAGGGAUUCAAGCUGCAAAGAAACAGUAAAGGCCUUGGACAGGAGCCAUUGUGCAAACAAUUCAGGCAGUUGCAUUAUGAAGAGACCACAGGACCUCGAGAAGCACUAAGUCGGCUCAGGGAGCUCUAUCACCAGUCGCUACAGCCCGAGACCCAUACCAAGGAGCAGAUCCUGGAGCUGCUGGUCCUGGAGCAGUUUCUGACCAUCCUGCCUGAGGACCUCCAGGCCCGGGUGCAGGAGCAUCACCCAGAGAGCGGGGAGGACGUGGUGGUUGUUCUGGAGGAUUUGCAGCUGGAUCUUGGAGAAACAGGACAACAGGUGGACCCAGACCAGGCAAAGAAGCAAAAAAUGCUUGUGGAGGAGAUAGCCCCUCUGAGAGGACUGCAGGAGCAGCAGGUUCGGCCUGAGUGUGAAGUUAGAAAGCCUGCAAAAGAGAAAGAUGAGGAGACAAGGAUUGAGAAUGGGAAGCUUGUUGUAGUUACAGACUCUUGUGGAAGAGUAGAGUCAUCUGGGAAAAUAUCUGAACCUAUGGAGGCUCAUAAUGAAGGCUCUAACUUGGAAAGGCAGCAGGCGAAGCCCAGAGAGAAGACUGACUAUGAAUGCUCAGAAUGUGGGCAGGGAUUCAUCCAGCAGUCGGACCUGAUUGAACAUGUGAGUACACACACAGGAAAAAAACUCUGCGAGUCUGAUGUGUGUCAGAGUUCUAGCCUUACAGGACACCAGAAAGUCCUCUCUAGAGAGAAAGGUCAUCAGUGUCAUGAGUGUGGGAAAACCUUUCAGAGGAGUUCACAUCUUGUCAGACAUCAGAAAAUCCAUCUUGGUGAGAAGCCUUAUCAGUGCAAUGAGUGUGGCAAAGUCUUUAGCCAGAAAGCAGGCCUUUUGGAACAUCUCAGAAUUCAUACUGGAGAGAAACCUUAUCUCUGUAUCCAUUGUGGAAAAAAUUUUAGGCGCAGCUCUCACCUUAAUCGACACCAGAGAAUUCACAGUCAGGAGGAGCCCUGUGAGUGCAAGGAGUGUGGAAAAACCUUUAGUCAGGCCCUACUCCUCACCCACCAUCAGAGACUCCACAGUCACUCCAAAAGCCAUCAAUGUAACGAGUGUGGAAAAGCUUUCAGUUUGACCUCAGACCUUAUUCGACAUCACAGAAUUCAUACUGGAGAGAAACCUUUUAAGUGUAACAUAUGCCAGAAAGCCUUUCGACUAAACUCACACCUUGCUCAGCACGUAAGAAUCCACAAUGAAGAAAAACCCUAUCUGUGUAGUCAAUGUGGAGAAGCCUUCAGGCAGAGGUCCGGUCUUUUUCAACAUCAGAGAUAUCACCACAAAGACAAACUGGCUUGAUGAGGUGUUCUCUCCUUGUAGAACAUCAGAGAGGGCACAUUGACUAGCAAACAGCACUUUAGGAAAAGUCACCAUAGCCCACGGUGGCAUCAGAAAAUUCUUGGGGGUGAGUCGGAGGCUCCCUGCCUCUUGUUUCCUCUCCUUUGCUUUCCUUGGAGUCAGCUUUGGACCACAAUAAUUUCACCCUAGAUGGUAUAAUACGAUCAAAGUUAAACAGCAUUCUUCACUGCAGGACAUCUCAGAGCUUUUAGCAUUACUGCAUAAUUAGAUACUCUAAGCCAGGUGUCCCCAAACUGCGGCCCCCUGAGGCCAUUUAUCCGG